CUUAUCUGUGUAGUAGGUUCGGAGGUGUAGCUCAAUAGUAACAAAGUACUGCGACAAUGUCUUUGAUCGAAUACGUUCUGAUAGUUCUAAUAAUAGUGAAUAUAGAUGCUCAGAAACUCGGCGAGCAAAAAAUACAAUCAUAUGCGUCAUGUAGAUCUGAUAAAGACUGCAAACCUAAUGCUUUCUGUUUUGAUAACGACGAUGAGAUAGAUGGAAAGUGUAAAUGUGAAAAAGGAUAUGAAUUAAUUAGAAAUGCGACGUUUUAUGAAUGCUUGCUAGCACAUAAAAUAGGGGAGGCCUGUGAAAAAGAUAUACAGUGCCAAAUUACUGCCGGAGACUUGGCCUUUUGCGAUAAAUAUAAAUUAUGUACUUGUAAUGAUACAUCCCACGCAUAUGAAGGAAAAUGUGUACAUAAAGCUAAAAUUGGUGAAAUAUGUAUAGGAGAUGGGAACUGCUACCUAGAAAAUGGCACACCAGAUGGAGGUCUUGGUUCCUGUACAGAUGGCCGUUGUACAUGUGGUCUAAAACAACGACCUUCAGCAGACGGAACUAAAUGUCUCAACAGUAGAAAACUUGGUGAACCUUGCGUUACCGACGAAGAAUGUAUUGUCACAACUCUUAAUACUAAAUGUUCUGGAAAAUGUGUAUGUAAUACAGCAUACACGGAGUCAAGAAAUGAAUCUACUUGUGUUAAAGCUGCCACACAGUUUGAUGAACCGUGCGACUUUGAUGGACAGUGUUCAAAAUAUUUAAUAGAAAGCAUUUGCAAUGAUCGCAAAUGUGGAUGUGAAACGGGUUUUCAUAGUUAUUCUCUUCGAUGUGUAAAGACGAAAUUACCAGGAGAACCCUGCGAAGAAGAUGCAGAAUGUUUGUAUGAAAAGAAAUUAUAUGAAAAUGUUAAAUGUCAGAAUAGGGUCUGUAAAUGUUUGUAUGGAACUGGAAAUGACGGAUCUUGUAGUAUUGAAAAGACAGAUAAUAGCUCCGCCAUUCAACUUACAUAUAAUCUAGUUUAUAUCGAAAUGUUAUUUAUUUUGUUACAUGUAACGCUGAUAGAGUACUAAUUUAUAAAGAAAUUCUUUUAACAUAAA